GUCGAAAAGAAUCGCGCAAAACCCAGCUGUCUACGCGCGCGCAGCCACGGUGGCCGUGUUCUCCGGGAAGUAAUCGCGCCGCCGCGAAUUUAUUUAGUUUACAAAAAGCGCAACAUCGGGAAGCGCGAUACACAGCCCAAGGCGUGCUCGCGCAUGCACCGGCUCUCGCGCCGCGAUCGGACAACCGCUUUUACGCGCGAUAUCGUCCAAUUGACGGGUACGCGCCGUCGGAACGAAGAUGGAAUAAAGCCUCGUCAGUUCGGUACCCAUCCAUUUCUGACGGGCCAUCGCUAAAUGCCCCGAACCUCGCGGCGUGCAAAAAAAUUGAGCCUCGCGAUUGACGCGCCGCGAGACACGCGUGUACCGUGCACGCGUCGGUGGUAUCGGCGAUUCGCUGCAUAAGAACUGAGACUCGAAAUACGAGCGCAUUCAUACGAUAAAUCGAUUUUCCCCAGCAGACUCCAAUAAAUAUUUUUUACCCGCGUAAUCUCGUUCCGACGUCGCGGCCCGCUUGUGAAUGCGCGAUUCGAUUAACUCUGGAGAUUCGCAUGUAAAGGAGCCGCAACGAUGGAAUCGCACAUGGACGACAAUUCGCGACGCCUCGGAAGAUGGUGAAAUUUGCAUUCAACUUUACGAAGGCUCCGCGAUUGGCAGUGAGAAUUGCCUUUAUCUGAAUAUCUACGUUCCCUUUAUUUCAGAGGAACGGCGGAAACCCGAGAAACUGUCGGUUUUAGUCUUCGUGCACGGGGGUAAAUUUAUGAUCGGAAGUAGCGACAGCAAAAUGUACGCGCCGGAUUAUUUGCUGAAUCAGGAUGUAAUUCUCGUCACGAUGAAUUACCGACUUUCUUCUUUAGGAUUUUUUAGCACAUCGAACCAAGCCUCACCAGGUAAUUACGGCAUUAAAGACGUAAAGAUGGCACUCGAGUGGGUGCAAGAGAAUAUUCAUAGCUUCGAAGGGAACCCCAAGUCGGUGACCCUUAUGGGUCACAGUGCCGGUUCAGCGCUUACUCAUAUUCUCGCUCUCUCGCAAAAGACCGAAGGACUCUUUCACCGGUACAUUUUGCACAGCGGUUCCGCUAUUAACGCAUGGAGUGUUCACGCUCCAAGAAGGUAUAGACAAUUAUGUUUGCAACUUGCAAAACUUGCCGGCUGUCAGAUGCAAACAGACGAUGACAUAAUCGCGCCGAAUAAAACGACCACCGAAAAUCCGAAAGGAAAAGAUGUAAAAACGAGCACCCAAAACCGCACUUCAACCUUAAUAGUGAGAGACGACGAAGAACUAAUGAGAUGCAUGAGAUCGGUCGAUGCGGAGAGACUAGAGACAAUGACGCAAUAUUUCUCUAUUUGGAGGGACCAUCCGUGGUGUACGUUCGGUCCCACAUUGGAGGUUGACUCGAAGGAUGCCAUCCUGACGAUGCAUCCAUGGAAAAUAGUAAAGGAAGGACUGUUUCGCGACAUACCGGCGAUAUUUCAAGUCGUAGAGGACGAGGGUUUAGCGAAGACAAUCGAAUUAAUUACAAAUCCCGAGGUCGAGGACGAACUGAUAGAGAAUUUCGAAGAAUAUUUGUGCCCCUUCCUAGAGUACAACGAAGUGAUUUCCAAUACUAGCCUUUUCGCUUCCGCGAUAGAGGAUUAUUACUUUAACGGAAAUGUGUCGUUGGGUAUCGCGCAUAACCUUACGAAGACGGCGAGUGAUGGCUUAAUAAUAUGGCCGAUGUUUCGAGCUGCACAAUAUCACUCGGAAAGAGGAAAUUCCAGCAUUUAUUUUUCCUACUUCACGUACCACGGCACGUUUACGUUUACCUUCAGUUCGGGCAUCUCGGUGCAUUACGGUAUUACUCAUGGUGACGAUUUAAACUACUUCUUUCCCAUAUUGAAUUAUCUCUUUCGCGACAUGCUACUGCACAAUACGGAAAACGAUAUUACUAUUAUUAACGUAGUAACAGAAAUGUGGACGAGUUUUGCAAUAAAUGGGACCCCGAACGCGUGGAACACCCCCGCAUGGCCAAAGUACCGCGAUCAUCACGAGUUCAUGAGAUUUGGGAUUGACAGAUUGUCGGAUGUUGUGGUCCAAACCGAUUUCCUGUCUGACAGAAUGGAAUUUUGGGGGAAGUUGAUGCACAACGUAUUGGCGGAAUCGGUGAACGACAACGUGUUUGUCAGCGAACCACCAAAAGACGUAGAUAGCAAUAACGCGAUCGAUUAUAGGUCAGCAGUGCAGCUUGCAUUAUUCGCCAUAAUUUGCUUUAUUACCAGUCAAUUAUUUAUACGUAUGAACUAAAUUAUAUUCACGCUCGAGGGUAAACUGAACAGUAAAAAGUACGAUAAAUGAUAUAAAUUAUAGCUGAGCAAUUACUUCCGCGCAUCUUAUCGUGUAUAUUAUUUAAAUGAUUUUUCCACGCGGGUAGUUUAAACCAAAGUUCAAAUUAUACGUCAAAACCUGCCUGCGGUAGAAAUGCAAAGAGAAAAAUAUACGAAUAGAUAGAUACAGCGUUUUAUCAAAAAUAUUUAUCGCGAAAUACAUUCUCGCUGUUAGCUGAUAAAAUAUUAUAGUAUUUAAAAGCGCCAGACGUAUACACAUACAAACACAUACGCGAGAAAAUAUGCAUGCAUCAUGAAAAAAUAUAGAUAGAAUGUAUACGA